AUGGUGGAGUACGAGUCAAAUCAGUUUUCUCCCAUUACUUCAGAUGACCAUGCUGGGAAUCUGUGGAUACUGACCAUUCUGUCACUUAUCUACGCGCUGCAUGUGGCUGUGGCGAGAAUAUACAUUAAAUACCGCAUGUUUGGGGUAGAUGAUGUGUUGUACGGCGUGGCGUUUGUUCUUCACAUAGGGCAGUGUGUGUCCAUGUUUGUGGGUUUACAACAUGGUCUUGGCAAAAAGAACCACAUCACGACACCUGAGCAAUGGGCCGUCUCGUCAAAGUGUCUCGUCGCGUCGACCAUAUUCUUCAUUAUGACAUUGACUUUUGCAAAAUGCUCGGUCCUUGCUCUUAUCCGACGUAUCAUCGACUGCAGACCCGGUAAGAGCGAGCCAUUUUGCAUCGCACUCAUAGUCAUUACCGUUAUAUGGGGCGUCGCGUCAAGCAUUUCGUUCCUUAUCAACUGCGAUCCCACCAGCGUCUUGACUGUGCAUAACCUCGAACGAUGUCCACACCAGAGAGGCCGUUGGCUGUCCAUCGCAUCACUCGAUAUAGUAACGGAACUAUUGACACUCGCCCUCAUCGUCCAAUUAGUAUGGUCAGUCAACAUUGGCCACAGUCGAAAGUGGCAAGUUGUCGCCGCCUUUUCAUUUCGACUACCUCUCAUCGGUCUGGCGGCUGUUCAUGUGGCAUGUGCGAACAGAUACCCGCUCGCCGAUGAACCUCAAUUCGCGGUUACCAAAACCCUCAUGUGGCAACAGAUAAUGGUUUCAUGGUCUCUACUGUCUGCUACCUCGCCUAAUCUCAAGAGUUUCAUGGCUUCUUUCAACAUCGGCUGGGGCUUCCCUAUCGCUUUCGACGAGACAAAUCCCGAUCCAUCGAACUCAAUCGCGCUUCAAGAGUUGGGCAAGAUCAAUUGUCCAGCCAUUACUACAUCGACAGUAUCAUCUGUUGCUUCGUCCGCAAGCACUGGGCGGCCAUGUAACUGGAGGCCUGAUGUGAUUGCGCAUCAAGCAACAAUAACACACGAGAGUGAAAGGACUAGUCUCGAUGACAUAACUGAGGAGGAAAUCUCUCGGACGGGUAGUCACGAGAUGAUUAUCAACAAAGAAGUGACAUGGAAUGUCACCUACGAAGACAAAAGGCGUUCAACUGGAAUCUCAGUCCCCUCCCAGUCUUGA